AUGCGAAUAUAUUUGUUAUCCAGUUUUUUAUUUUUAUUUCCAAAGAUUAAAUAUUUAACAAACAAUAAUUAUUCAAGAAAAAAAUUUACUAGCUAUAGUAAAAUGAUAUAUAAGUUUGAUUUUGAAGUUUUCGGAAAGGUUCAAGGUGUAUUUUUUAGAAAAUAUACAAAACUAGAAGCUGAUAUGUUAAAUAUAAAAGGGUAUGUACAAAAUACCAAUAAAAAUACAGUAAUAGGAACUGCCGAAAGUGAAAAUAAAGAAUUAUUAGAUAGAUUCAAAAUUUUUUUGACAAAUAAAGGUAGCCCUUUAUCACGAAUUGAUAAGUGUUUAAUAACAGAUGAAAAAACUAUUGAUACAUAUUCAACUAAUAAUUUUUAUAUAAAGAGAUAA